AUGAAAAUAAAUACUCCAAAGAAAUCACAACAUAAUAAAACUGAUAAUUCUAAUAAUUGCAAAACAUUUUAUAAUAUGCAAGAGCUCAAUUAAACUUUGAAUUAAUUUUAAUUCUAGUAUCCUCAAAUAAAAGAAAUAAAUGAAAAUCUUUUAUUUAAAAAUUCUAACUAAGUUUUUGGAAAUCAAACUGAGUAAAUAAUAAGAAAAGGAUUAUUAAAAAAGGAGAAUUCCUAGGAACAAAGAAAUCAAAGAGGGAAAUAAAAAUAUGUUAGAAGGAGAGUUAACACUUCAUAUAUAGUGUAUCCAAUAGAAAAUUAUAGGAAUUUUUCAGGUUAAAAAUAAAAAGAAAAUAAAAUAGAACCAAGAUUGUAAUAUCAUGUUUAAAUUCCAGAUACAAUGAAAAUACCAUACUUAUACAAAAAAAAUGGAUUAAUAAAGAAUUAAUUAAAAUAAUUAUAACAUCAUUAAUAAGAUCAAUAAGAUGAUAUUAGAAUUGCAAGCAAGGUUUCAUUUCAUAUUAAACCCAAGUCUAACAUAAUAAAAAAAAUAAAUUAAAAUGUUAAUGAAUAAUUGCGUAUAAUUUUAGAUGAGCAUUAAUCAUCUGAUUUAUCAUUUAUAAAUGGAUGGGAAUGA